CAAAAAGUUCAGUUCUUCUAGUCCAUUGGUCUCACGCUUGCAUUUUCUUGCUUACGACGACCUCUUCGCACUUCUACUUUCGAAGCUUCGUACUGCCAAUUGUAGUCGGAUAGCUUGAGAUUGGUACACCAAUCUUGCCUCAGCUGCAAGCUCAAAAUUGGAGAGCGAGCUUCAAGCACGAUGUCAUUAGCUCCGUUGAAGGACUACAUAAACAAUGUGGUGCGUGUGAUCACAAUCGACGGUCGCACAUACCAAGGCACCCUUCUUGCAGUGGACAAUUCCACAAAUUUGAUUCUCACUGGAGCUGAGGAACGCGUCAUACAACCACCGGACAGCGACGAGCCGAAUACUAUAUCUGAGCCUCAAGUCCUCCUUGUGAGGGGCGAUCUGGUUCUUGUUUGCGCUUUGGUGGACGAGGACGUGGAUAGCGAGAUCGAUUGGCUGAAGGUACGCGGAGGUCCAAUAGGCAGUACGAAACACGUGUGAAGAGAGGGAACAUAGGUGGGGGGAAAGGAACUCAUGACGUACAACGACAUUGAAGUCAGAAGUGUCGGCGCACGGGUCCAAGAACGAGAACGACACGCGAGGCCACGGACCUGUGAAUCAAUUGCUCCAAGAAAGAAGCCUAAUGCGCGAUCCGCGAGCUCAAAGACACCCAGAGUCCACCGACAUGCUCUGUUUCCUUUACAGGCACCGUAACUUCCGGGUGUCUAGUCCAGUGCACCUACACAGGCUGCUCGUCUAUUCUAAUUACACUGUCCAAGGAGACCCUCCCAAGGCUUCAGCGAGACGAUGUCGGAUGAUUGCUUUUGCAGCACGCCGUUUAUGUAAUUACCUGCGAUCCACUGCUUGAUUUGGACAUUACUUGGCACCCUCCAGUUUCUUGCAUCUUCAGAGAAGUUCAACACCACGAGCCAUUUAUCCGAGCCGUCCGACUUUGUGUACGCGAAGAUUGGAUCGUCGUUGCCUUUUUCAUCACCGACGAUGUCAAAUUGGCCAUAGACAAAGACGCUUUUGUUUUUUUGUCUACGGGUUAAUGCUCGUUUCCAGAAUUGGAAAACAGACUCGUUUUGAGGAUCAUGGCCGUUGACCUGAGCUUUGGCGUUGAUUGUUUGGAAAUCUGGUACUAGUUUCAUCCAUGGCUUCACAGAUGGCUCCGUAAAUCCAGCGUUUGGUGUCUCAUCCGUCCAAGGAAUAGGUGUUCUUGCGUGGUCCCUUGACUUUGCAUUGACGACAUGCUUUGCAUGGUCCAUCAUCUUUGCGUCAUGGCCGUACAUUGUCUUCAUCUUCUUCCAGUAAUUUAUUGAUUCAACAUCGUCCAUGUACUCUUCCGGGUUCGUCUCACCUGCGAAGUUCUUCAUACCGAGCUCCUGUCCCUGGUAUACGAAAACUGUACCGCUUAACGUUGUCAUCAUCAGUGCCAACAGCUUUGCACAGUGAUUACGGUACUGCUCGUCGUCACUUGUAUAACGACUAACGGAACGUGGGUUGUCAUGAUUCUCUAUGAAUAAUGAAUUCCAACCACCUCGUCGUUGCAUCAUUUCCUGCUGAUGUGCCAAAAUCCGACGGAUUUCUGACUGCUUCCAGUCGUACAUAGUCAUUCGGUACGAUCCCGGAAUGUUGUCGAUGUCCACAAGUUCGAAAAGGAAUAUCAUACUCAGUUCUUGUCGAUCAGGGUGUACAGCACGCAGUAUUUCGUCCUCAUCCCGAACCCAUGGCAUCUCACCGACAGUUACAGCGUCAUACUUGCUCAAAACCUUUUGAUUCAUCUCAUGUAGAUAUUCAUGCAACCGUGGCCCAUUUGCGAAAUGUUUGAAGCCUGGUUGGAAUCGAUGGUCUGGAGCAACCACCUCGGCAUCAGGCAGUCCCGGGACUUUGGAGAUGAGGUUGAUAACGUCCAUGCGAAAGCCACACGCUCCGCGGUCCAGCCAAAAG